UUCCCUUCUGGUUAAACCUAGCCCUCCAAAUUUCUGUGCAAAAAACAGCAGCAAAGAAAGAAUGAUAAAGACACGUACACUCUGCUCCAUCUUCUUCUUCGUCUUGUUUAACUUGUUCCUCAUUGUCUUCUUCGUCUUCAUCAUCAUCACUUUGCUCUAUAACCACUUUUUCCCUUCUGCUCUUGUACUCGUAGAAGAAGUGCUUCAUCUUGAGGUUGAGGUUGGGGACGAGAUUGCUUGGGACGGUGAUGGUGGUUGUGGUUCGUAGGCUGUUCUUCUUCGUCGCUGAGAUUGUCUGGCAAAGAACGCUUUUGUGCGGGCAUUGAUAUGAGACUCAAAAACCAAAGAGAGAGAGAGAGAGAGAGAGAGAGAGAGAUUGAUUGUGGGUAGUGAAGAAGAGGAGAGUCUCUGGGUCUUAGCUUCCAGAAUACCAAAGCGUAAGUUUCUUCUUCGAGAUGGAAAAAGAAGGAAAGAAAAACAACAAAAGAUGGGAGAUUUUCGCUAGUUAGCAACAAUGAAAGAGGCUGCUAUAGAGGUAAAGACAGUGCCAUGGGCAGAGAAGAAGAAGCCAGCUAUUCUCUUUUGCUGACAGGCAUCCCAAGAGAUUGCAUCAGCAAAUGCAGAACUCAGAGCUGCCAGUUCAAAUGUGAAGACAGAACACUUCCAAUAACAGCCAGAAUCUUAGAAACCAUCAUACGCCUCUCAACUGCUUAUGCUAAAUUGAAUCUAAGAAUAGAGGUAUAUCUUUGCUUAAAGUUGGUGGCAGAAUGGUGUACUCAACCUGCUCAAUGAAUCCAAUUGAGAAGGAAGCUGUGGUAGCUGAGGUGAUAUGUUAGUCAUCCUACUUGCAAAAAGAAACACACAUGAAAACUCAAGUCCAUCUAAUUGAGCUUUCUCUGUCCGGAUUUGCUUAACUUAUUCUUUUCCUGUAAUUGAAUCAAUUUUCUCUUGUGAAUAUAUGUUAAUUAGUGUGCUGAGUUAUCGUCUUUUUGCCAUAUACAAUUCAAUGCUGAUUUUCAAUUUUUAUGAUUCAUGGGCUCAGUUUUGCUCAGGUUUGAGAGGACUUCUAAUCGUAUCUUUAAAUAUGAUGCUGAAGACACCUGAAGAGUGUUCUUUAAAAGGACCGCUAAAGGUAUUAAACGUGUAGUAUAUACUAUAUAUGUGAUGGCUGGGAGUUUUACUUUAUUGUUUAAAAUGAAAGCCAAACUACAUCAAAUUAUACAGUAUUAUCUUUUUUAGAUAUUUUUUACAAGUUUGAUUUCCUGCAGAUUUUGCGGUAAUGUGGAAGGUCUAUUGAACUUGUAGAUGUCUUUAGAAAUGGAAGGUUAAUUCUCAUUUUUAUUGAAUUUAUUGCAGUAAUUUCUAUUGCUUUCAGGUCUUUUUUUUUUUUUUUUUUCUUUGAAGCUGAUCAAAGAUGGAAAUUAACAAAACAAGGUGGAGAAUUGAUUGCUUGUGUCUUAUUAUUGAGUUUAUAGAACUCAAUAUUUUUAGCAAGUGGGUCUUAUGUCACCUACUGGUUUGGAAAUAGCUAGUGUUGUAGCUAUUAAAAUAUUGGCUAUUGGGUUUAUACUAAAAUUGAGUUGGUGCUGUGUUUUGAUGGGUGUGAAGUAAGCUCCUUCGUAUAUUUGAUAUGGUUUUGCUUUCUGGCUGUAUUGGCAACUCUUACUGUCGCAGAUUUUAUGAGUUUCAAUUAUUUGCACACCCUUUUCUUAUCUACUUGAUAAGUCGGAUAUCAUUUCCAUAUUUUCCUUGUAUUCUUAUAUAUUUGGAAAAGAUGAGUGAUGUUGAAUUUUAAUUUGUUUUCCGAAAGCCAGCCAAUUUGAGGAUGAGAUACCCUGAGAUGAAGUUUGGAGGUCAAAUUACAUAUAGCAUGACUAUAGUUGAAGUGGAGGCGGCUGCAAUGGAGCUCCUAAAGACUAUUGAAGCAAAGCAAGAAUAGAGAAGUGGGUGAAGCUAUAGUUGGAUUUGACAUUGAAUGGAGACCUACACUCAAAAAAGGUUAGUUGGAUUGAUGAGAAUCUGUCUGUGCCAGUACAACCGAUAAUCAGCUAGGAUGCUGAUCCGAUAUGGAUGAAGACCGGACCGACCACUAGGAUUCAAGCUAAGAGGUUUAAGAACAAUCUGGCUGCCUUUAUACAGGGAGUAAUCCAUGCUCAAAAGGGCUUAUCCAUAUCAGAAGAUACAAAACCUCUUCUAAGGAUCCGAGUGGUGGAAGUCGAUAUGGAUCUGGGUAAUUGUUUUCAUGCAAAUUUAGACAUUGGGCUACAAGGAAUGAUUCUGACAUUUCAUGAACUCGAUGAAUAUCAUUAAGAGGACAUAAAAUUCAGCCAAGGCAUAAUCAAAAGCAUCUAAAAAGGACUUGUAUGGAUACUAUUCCAAUUUGGUUGAAAAUGUGUUUUUAAUCGUUGGUUUUGACUUUUUUUUUGUUCAAGCAAGUUUGACUUAUUCCAAUCAAAGAGCAACGUGUGGGAAUCAUUAUUAAUUAUAUCUGGCAUUUCAUAUGGUAUAUGGAAGUUGAUUUGGAGCCCAAACAAGUUGGAGAUUGGUCAAAAUUAGCUUAGUAAUCAAACUAGUCAACUAGUUUUUUAAUUUGAGUUUGAUUUUUUGUUUUAGGAAAUUAGUUUUUUAUUUAGUUUCUAUUUAUUUAUUUGUUGGACAAAUUAAUUUAGAAAAAU